CAACAUGCUUCAAAAAAUUGCAUUGUAUCUUAUUAUCUGGAGUUGCGGCACAUUGGCUGCGGACAUCCUAAUGGCAACACAAGGCGGAACGAAGUCUCACAAGAUACCAUUCUGGGAGUUGGCUAAGGGAUUAAUAUCCAGAGGGCACAAUAUUACCUUUCUAAGUGGAUUUCCGGCUGAUUUUAAUAUUGAAGGACUGCACGAGGUAGCACCAGCCGGCCUAGUUGAAUAUAUCCACAACUAUACCAAUUGGGAUCUUUUGGGCUCACGAAUGGCUGGAGAAAUGCCCAUUAAGCCCUGGGAUGGCCUGCGAUACGCUUUCGAAUCAUGCGAUGCAAUGUUUCGUGACUCAAAAACUAUGGAGCUGACCACGAAAUCCUUUGAUUUGGCCAUAUUGGAUGGAGCUUUUCCAGAGUGCUUUUUGGGAUUAAUUUACGAUUUAAGGAUUCCAUUUAUGUACAUAAACACGGUGGGCUUCUAUACAGGAAGUAUCUCGACUGCAGGAAAUCCUGUUAGCUACGCUAUUACUCCAAACUUCUAUUCUCGAUUUACGGACACAAUGAAUCUUUACGAACGGGCUAUUAACACGGCCAUGCAAAUAGGACAAACAAUUAUGCACAUGUAUGUAAUGCGUCGGACACACCUUGUGAUGCGAGAGCACUUGGGUGCUCAAAUCCCGCAUCCCUAUGAAAUGUCGCGCAACGUGAGUUUCAUUUUGCAAAAUGGACACGCAGUUUUAUCUUAUCCCAGAGCCUUAAAUCCAAAUGUAGCAGAAGUGGCUUGCAUUCACUGUAGGCCAGCUAGAAAACUUCCUAGACACCUUGAGGAUUUCAUCGGUGCUUCUGGAUCAUCAGGAUUCAUUUAUGUUUCUAUGGGUUCUUCCGUAAAGGCCGCGAACAUGCCAGAGGCCUUGCGUCACAUGCUUGUAAAGACCUUUGCACGUCUUCCGUAUCAUGUUCUAUGGAAGUAUGAAGGCAGUUCCACAGAUAUAAAAGAUAUCACAUCAAACGUAAAACUUUCACAAUGGCUACCGCAACAGGACAUUUUAGGACAUCCGAAGAUUAGAGCGUUUGUAACACAUGGAGGCUUGCUUAGCAUGUUUGAGACGGUAUUUCAUGGAGUACCCGUAGUUACAAUGCCGGUAUUCUGCGACCACGAUGUUAACUCAGCCAAGGCCGAGAUCGACGGUUAUGCAAUAAAGCUAGAUCUUCAGACGCUAUCAACCAAUCAGUUAUACAAGGCUAUUAUGAAAGUGAUUCACGAUCCUCUCUACAAAAAUUCAGCACGAUAUCGGCAAAAGCUCUUUUUGGACCAGCGCUCAACAGCGCUAGAUACUGCAAUAUACUGGACCGAAUAUGUGCUCCGACACAAUGGCGCUUAUCAUCUACAGUCUCCCUCCCGAAAUAUGACAUGGUGGCAAUACUACUUACUCGACGUAGUUGCGGUUUAUUUUAUAUUAUUUUACGGCCUGAUUUUAGCACUGAAGCGCAUGGAUUUCCGAUCCGAAAAGGUACGGAAUCUUCAUUUCCUGAUGGCCCCUUUAUUUACAAUAGCAAAGUCGAAGUCAAAGGAGAUUUAGCAAAACGCUAUAAUAUCCCUAUAGUGGAGUACUUAAAAACUAAGUAGAAUACAAUGUGAUUCACAGCGUCAAUGAAACUUUUGACUAUUCCAAGUAUUGUAUUCAAAAUUGUAUAUAUAAAAUAUCCCAGUGUGCAGUUUUAACAUUAAGAAAGAUACGUUUUGAUUCAAAGCGUAAUAAAAGAACACAUUAAAAAUUUGUGACUGUUCCAAUUAUACCAUCAUUAAAUUACUUAUGUUAAACUAAAUAAAUUAAUGUAUAAACCCA